GUAAACCAGCAAAAUCUUAGCUUCACGGACUUCAAGUUUAAGGGUAUACUAGGUGAAGGACGAAGUGGUAAAACGCUCCUAUGCGAGUUUCGUGGUAAUAUGAUUGCUUUGAAGAGUGCAGACUUAUCUAAGGCCCCAUCGUAUGUCCUGGAAGAAAUGCAAAAAGAAGUCGAGAUUUAUAAAGACCUAGCCGAUAUUCAAGGCAAGUAUAUCCCAAAGCUGGUCUGUUAUGGAUAUUAUGGAGGAGGCAUGAGCUUCGUUAUCGGCUUAACCAUUGUUGGCACUAUGUUGAGCGACCAAAAAAUUACGGAACAGCAAAAGUCAAGGGCUAUUAAGGGAUUAGAAGCAAUCCACAAGCAUGGUAUCCUCCACAAUGAUAUUCGGGAGGAAAAUAUCUUAAUUAACGAUACAUUUCGUAAAGAAGGAGAGGCAAAUUACCAAGUCACGUAAAUGUAAGGUGGUUAGUUAGACUGUAGGAUUAGACAU